ACCGUCAGAUUGGACUCAGUCUAAAUUUUCUAGUGACAAUGAAAUAACCUGUAUGAGUCAUUUUGGUGGGGCCGCACCAAAACUGCUGCGGUUGUUGUUCAAGUAGUUAGCGUAAAACGCGCAUCAAGCCUAAAUUAUAUUCCAUAUUCUUCACGCUUGAAAAACAUAAUUCAUUUAACAUUCAUACAAAGCAAGUUAAACUGUUCAUUCAUCAUCAUUGUCACCUUGAUGUUGUAUGCAACAACAGUAGGCUUCGGAGUGCUUGUGGGUGGGAAGAGGGCAAUACUGUAGACGUUAGGAGAGAAGAGUGGAGUAUGUGUGUGGAUACUGAAAAUCCAAAACGUGUGGAGGUAGCAUAAUAGUACCUCCAACUCUCUCUCUCCCUCUCCCUCUCUCUAUAUAUAUUUCUAUCUAGCAUGCACUGCGCCUGUCGUAUGCUUACCGUUGCCAUUAGCAACUGGUGGAUGCCGAACUGUUGCGUUUAUGUGCUAUGAUCGGCGAGAUAACGGUAGCAAGACUUUCGGGGAUUUCGUGAGAGAGAGCUUUUUAUCUAGAUCAGUUGAGCGGUACACAUUCGAAGUAGGCUAACGGAUAUUUUCGUGCGGUGCAAGUUGAAAACAUAUUUCAAUCACAGAUUUUUGUCAACAUAUCAAUGCAUUAUAAUUACUUUUUCGUAUUUCUCCACAUCCGAUGAUACUUUCGAUGAGAGAGCACGUCGUCUUGUGUUAGUGCGGUAAAGCAAGAAAGGUAGUUCAGUAAAAAGAAUGUCAAUUGGACUAUAAACGAAAAUAACUUGAAAGUUUAACCAGAGAUACAAUUUAUGAAAUAAAUUGGUGUAGAACGGGUUAAACGGGUUAGUACUGGCAUUCCCAAUGUGGGUACUUGGAUCGCUGAAGUUUUCUACGUAAUAUUGAAUCUGCUUCAGGAUUGUAAAUCAAAUUUCAACUUUAAAUUAAGUUUUUAGGAAAAAUUAUGGUAAAACGAUGUAGUUCGAUUUAUGCGAUCAUGGAAACCAUCUGAUAAUUAAUUUGUGGAGUUAUAUGCGAAACAUUGAACUGUAUUGGUUUACCAUAAUUGACACAAAAACCGAUCAGUAGCAGUUUUUUCGGUAAACUUAUGGAAAAAGAUUUGGGAUAAAACAGAAUACAGUUAUUUGCGGUCGAUUUGAUUAACAGCAAUCCAUUUACAAGACUUAUGAACAUAUCGGCAGUACCUUUUGAUUAGUCGAAUUCAAUUUUUUCGGUGUUUUACAGCCAGUCUUCGAUAUAAAAUCAGAAAAAAGAGGAAUUGGGGCAAAUCGGGCAUGAUGGCGAAUUUUUCGGCUUUUCUCUGAUUAUUAUCAAUCGUUUCUGAGGUCGUUUUUGCAUAAGAAAUGCACACUUUGAAAAAGUCACAUUUCUGAUCGUUUGUUCCCCACUAAAACCUAAUUGGUACCCAGCGAAAAAUUAGAUUGUUAUGAUCUUAGAUUCAUUACCCCACACUUUUUUAAUCAUUAUUUGCAUCAAACUGUUCACCUUAUCUAGUCAAACGAAAGUAGGGAUAAACUUCGAUAUUAUCAAAAUCGGUAUCAGUUAGUUCAAACGUCUUAUCAUGGUCGAAAUCAUAACAUAUCUUCGUAGUCGUUCGGCAGCUUCGUAUUCGGUUACACAGAUCCGUUUCACCAGUCAGCUGUCACCUGCUAUUGAGUUUUUUUUUUUGCUUAAAACUGUCAUGUGAUUAAGAUUCCCUGUCUCCAACGAGAAAACUAAAAUUGAUUCGUGUGUCAAAAUGAACACCCAGAUGAAACUGCAACGUGACCACUAUCCAGGGGCUGAACGGACCCGGCGUGCCAAAUUAAAGUUUUUCUCUGAGCUCAAAAGUUUCUACAAGGAAAAACAGAAAACCUAUAUCGAAUCAAAUACCUCGGAAGGAAAUAAAGACGAACCGAAGGUGAAUCUGUCUAUUCCCGGUACUCCCGUUUGUUCGCGUUACCUAGGAUCGUUGUCACGUCGUCAAUCGGAGUCCAAUGAGAAGAAGCAACCGCCUGUGCAGCUACCAAACGAAAUCGUCAUCAGCAGUUUAGUUAUCGAUAAGUUUUUACAGGACAUGAAGUCUCUAAACGAUGAAGAACAGCAUGCGGAAGUAGUUAACAUAGAGGAAUUCGGAACGGAUAACGAAGAUGAGCAAAGCAAGUCGGAUGGUGACCAACAAUUUCAGAGCGACUUAGCCCAACAGUAUUUUAAGGAAUCGGACGAAAAACAUGCUUACCAGAGGACGUUUAGUGAAGCAGUGCAAACGUUACACUCGGCUGAGGUUCGAAGUCCGGUUGUGAAACGUUACUUCGAUGAAUCGCAGGCUAAUCAUAGCUACAGUCGUAGUUUUAAUGAGGCAUUUUCACAACUGGAUCCUCAAAACUUGAAAAGUGACCCAUUAUUGAUUGAUUCCGAGGUCAUUACCAAAGGGUACAAAUCAUCGGUACCAGGAACACCAAUCAGCUCGACCCGUCUGGACCAAUUAAGGAGACAUAAUUACAUAAGUGACUCUUCAGAUGACGACGAUGAUGACGAUCCAAAAAACCGUUCUGAAUCCAUUUUAACUGAUCCUCUAGAAAAAUUUAUAAAAGAUAUGGAACAACUAAAAGCCGACAAAGAAAACAUAAAAAUCGAAAAGAAACCAUUGACUAACUUUGCGGUAGAUGAAUACUUAGCAUCAUCUGAGAAACAGAAAUCGUAUGCAAGAUCAUUCUCCCAAGCGGCACAAACUUUAUAUGGGAGCGAAGUGAAAAGUCCUGUAGUCAAACGGUAUUUCGAACAGUCUGAACAGAAAAAAGCAUUCCGUCGUGAUUUUUCCGAAGUUUACCAGGAAUUAAGCGAAGUAGAGCAACCGAUAAAAAUUGAUUCAACAGCGGAUAAGGUUGUACCAGACGAACAACAAAAUGAAAUUACCGAAAUUCCCGUGCCAAGAAUAGACUCACUAGAAGAAUUAUUCGGCAAACAUCCUGAAAAAAAGAAACUAGAUAAUAAACCCAUGAAUGAUUUCAGCGUUGACUCGUACAUGACUUCAUCGGAUGCUAGGAAAACUUAUGCACGAACUUUUUCCGAAGCUGCACAAUCGUUGCAUACUAGCGAUGUAAAAAGUCCAACUGUUCGAAACUAUUUCAAUCAAUCCGAGGCAAAACAUUCCUUCCGCCGCGGAUUUUCCGAAGCAUAUCAGGAAGUGAAUUUGGAUGAAAUCACUAACGAUAUUAUACCAACACACCGGGCAGCGAAGCUAGCGUCAGCUGAGCCACCAAAGCAGGACGAUGUAAUUUUAUGCUCCAGUGCCGGUGAUGAUGAUAGACUCCAGCCAACGGAUAGGAACCCAUCGGUCAAACAAACGAAAAGAAGCAUUUCUGUUCCGGGAACACCGAUCAACUCGAGAAAACUAUACCCCAGGGAGAAGCAGCCAUGUCCGGUCGAGUCGAAGCCAAAGUGUACGUAUGCCCAAACUGACAUUCCGUUAACUCCUCGCAUCCGUGCAACGGGAGGAACCGGUCGCUUCAAUGUAGAACAUUACUUUGCAGCCAGUCUCUUCAGACGGGCCCGCAGCUUCACCGGCGAUACAGAUGCUAGGGAAGACACAUUCGUUCCUGGUGGCACGAACGAUGAUAAGCUUUUCUAUCUUCCAGAUGAUCCACCGUCGCAUGCCCACCGCCCUCCUGCUGUGCGAGCUCGUACGGCUUCCGCUUCAGAAAACACGGAUAAGGAGUUUUGGAAAAGAUUCGGGGCUACUGCAGUGUAACUUGAAUAGUAGAUCAAAUAUCAAAUAAAUAGUCAAUUUUAGUCGAACGAAA